UAGUGUUACUUAAUAGAGUUGUGGUCUACGUUUACCUCUUCUGUGUCGUGUGCUUGACUGAAGCACUUCUUUGCAAUGCAGGGGGACGCCGACGAGCAAGCUGACUCGGGUUUCGAGACACUUUCUGUUCCCGACAGUCCCGCAGUAAUGGAUUAUAGUGUUGGAGAUGGAGCCAUUGGAGAUGGUGCCGUCUAUGUGCCGGUUAGCCCCCAGCUCGCCGAAGUCCCUGACGGAGGACAGAUCGGUGUUCAGGCAGGCGCCAGGCCAAACCGCGCGGACCUCGAAGAGAUUGUCGACGACGAUAUCGUGGAAACCAUUGCAGAGCGGUUAUGGGGUUUAACAGAGAUGUUUCCCGAAAAGAUUCGAAAUGCUACUUCAAUUCUAGCAUCGGCUACGCAUACUGCGGCGGGCAAAGCGUACAGUUUAUCGCGAACUCUCAUUUGGGUUUUCUUUAGCUCAGCAGCCAUUCUAGCUGCGCCGGUGAUUUUAGAGCUCGAGCGAGUCAAUAUGGAUGAAAUAGCGAAACAACAACAACGAGAAAUUCUUCUUGGGCCCAGCGCAGCCAUGGCGGGCCAUAAAUAAUGGGUCGUUGACGCGCAAUCGCAGAAAAAAUCACCAUGUGCACCGGUGUCGCUGAGCGGUAGUUUACAGGCAAUACGAUUGGAUAACACUAGUUCUUGGCUUCGAAGUUCUUGCGGGAUUCAUUUCUUCAGGCCUAUUACUUUUCCGAGGCCUGGUGAAUAUAACCUGGAGAAAUGCACAGCUGGAAAAAUUUGCUGUUUCCGAUGGGUGUGACGUAUGACUACACGUUAAAAGAAACAACGAUGUGACUGAACGAGCCUAGCGAUGCGUCGGAUCAUUUCGAUAAUUUCAAGAAACCAAUAAAUACCUAUGUAGAGCAUGUAGGAACAUCGUACUAUUCUA